AAACUAACAGUGAACGCUCUCGAGGUGUGAGGAACUGAAAACGGCUCUUCGCGCGGCCCGAUGAAAAGCCACUGCAUCCAGUUGUAUAACAAAUAGACAAACGUUUCCGCGUGUGUAUUUACUCGGUAAUGUCUGCAGCAACGUCUGUGGUAACGGAACGGGCUACUGGCAUAUGCUGUCGUCUUGUGAUAAGGUGUAGCUGUCUCCAUGGCGACCAGCGUGGUUCCCGGGGACAACCUGCCCACGUAUAAGCUGGUAGUGGUGGGAGACGGCGGCGUGGGGAAGAGCGCGCUUACCAUACAGUUCUUCCAGAAGAUCUUCGUCCCGGACUACGACCCCACCAUCGAGGACUCGUACCUCAAACACACCGAGAUCGACGGCCAGUGGGCCAUUCUGGACGUUCUGGACACGGCGGGGCAGGAGGAGUUCAGUGCGAUGAGAGAGCAGUACAUGAGGACAGGAGACGGCUUUCUCAUCGUGUUUUCAGUCACUGAUAAAGCCAGCUUUGAACACGUGGAUCGUUUCCACCAGCUGAUUCUGAGAGUCAAGGACCGGGAGUCGUUUCCCAUGGUUCUGGUGGCUAAUAAAGUUGAUCUGGUGCAUUUGCGCAAGAUCACCAGUGAGCAGGGACGAGAGAUGGCCUCCAAACACAGCAUCACAUAUAUUGAAACAAGUGCAAAGGAUCCGCCCAUGAAUGUAGACAAAGCGUUUCACGAGCUCGUCAGAGUGAUACGUCAGCAGAUCCCAGAGCGGGGCCUGAAGAAGAAGAGGAAAGCCAAAUGGCGGGCGGACAGACCUUCGGGUUCCCAGAGGCUGCACUGCGUCUUACUGUGACCGCACACCCUCUAUCUCAAUGCCGCGUCAAUGCCGCGAUGAUGACUCUGUGACUUGGACUGUUAAAACACACACACACACACACAAGCUAUGAUAAUAUCCAGGAACUAAUGAACACAGCUUGAAUAUUCCAUAAUUAAUGGCGAAAUUCCCAAAAAUGUGGAAUUUGAGCUAUUUUUCAUGAGAUUUUCUUAGCAGGCGAUACCUGGAUGAAAUAACAGGAUUCUAGCGCUGUUCACUCACGUUAUCUCUCAGAGAACAAUUCAGAGACACACUUUCUGAGGCCUUGUUUUGUAUUGUGUUUCUAUAUUUAUUGUGCUGAAUUCUAUAUUGUUAAGUGAUUGUUAAUACAGCAUAACGGCUUUGAAAAAACUAGGGAACAGACGGGAUUCAAGUUGCACAUCUGGCAUAUGUAGAUACGCUCAGGAGGUGGGGGAAAUACUGGUUACCAUAGUUAAGCAAUUCUUUUUAUGAAGAAAAUUAACAAUAAAAAAAACGCAUUGAGGUUACACACAACACUAAAAUAACGCUAAACAUGUAAAACGCGUAAUUAAUAGCACAAAGUAUGUACAAGUUUUUACAUAAAGUGUUUUAUACAUUUUUAAUAACUUCAACAACUAUUUACCAUAAAAGUGAUUGUUAAAUAUACAGUUUUACUACAUAUGGUAAUGUAACAUACUGUUAAGCAAUUAACAGAUUUUUUUCUGUUGCAUUUUGUUUUUCUAUUAAACUUACUAUCAUUCAUCAACUUUGCAUUUAUGUCUCGCAAUUCUGAGUUUACGCCCUGCAAGUUUACGUCUCGCAAUUUUAAGUUUAUAUCUCACAAUUCUGGGUUCAUGUUUUGCAAGUUUACAUCUCACAAUUCUGAGUUUACAUCUUGCAUUUCUGAGUUCACGUGUCGUAAUUCCGAGUUUAUAUCUCAACAAUUCUGAUUUUAUAUCUGGCAAUUCUGAGUUUUUUUCUCAAGUUUAAAUCUCACAAAUUCUGAGUUUACGUCUCACAAGUUUAAAUCUCGCAAUUCUGAGUUUAUUUCACUUAAUUCUGAGUUUAUAUCUCGCAAUUCUGAAUUUGUCUCACAAUUCUGAGUUUAUAUCUUGCAAUUCAAAGUUUAUAUCUGGCAAUUCUGAGUUUAUCACGUAAGUUUAAAUCUCGCAAUUCUGAGUUUGUUUCACUUAAUUCUGAGUUUAUAUCUCGCAAUUCUGAGUUUGUCUCACAAUUCUGAGUUUAUAUCUCGCAAUUCAAAGUUUAUAUCUGGCAAUUCUGAGUUUAUCUCGUAAGUUUAAAUCUUGCAAUUCUGAGUUUACGUUUCGCAAUUUUAAAUCUUGCGAUUCUGAGUUUAUAUCUCACAAUUCUGAGUUUAUAUCUCGCAAUUCUGAGUUUUUCUCGCAAGUUUAAAUCUUGCAAUUUUUGAGUUUAUGUGUCGCAAGUUUAAAUUCUCGCAAUUCUGAGUUUAUAUCUGGAAAUUCUGAGUUUACGUCUCACAAGUUUAAAUCUCGCAAUUCUGAGUUUAUAUCUUGCAAUUCUAAGUUUAUAUCUGGCAAUUCGGAGUUUGUCUCGCAAGUUUAAAUUUCACAAUUCGGAGUUUACAUCUCACAACUCAACUUACAAAUGGUCGCCCUCGCACUUGAAUUAAAAAAUUGGUGGAUAUUCCUUUAUUUUCUGCUUAGAAAUGCAUGGGAAACUAUGGUAACCUGGAUUUGUUUAUCCUGACGUUAAAACAUGCCUCCAAUGUGUGAUGUGUCACUUGUAUCUAUAAAAACUCAAAGAAAGUUGCUGUUCUUACAUCAGCACACUGAUGACAGUAUAUAAUGUUAUUAAUCAGGAUUGUAGAUCAAGACUAUCACGAUGAAAGUUUUGUACAUUCGAUGCCUGAUCUCAAUUACGUUGCCAUAAACUGAGUCAAUCAGUAAUUGCACAGAAACGUUACAGUGUUACAUUGAAGUCAUUAGAUCAAGCGAUUGAUCUUGUGUUUUUUUCUGCUUGUCUUGAAUGCAUCGUCACUUUACUUUGAAUGUUUUCGCUCGUUUCGAAGUUCUCAUUGAUGUUUUGAAUGUAUCGUAUGUUAUUCUAUACGCCAAUUUUGCUUUUGAUGUUUCAGGUCCAGCUUUAGUGUUUAGCAUAUUAAAGGAACAUCAUCCUAGUAGCUCGUUUAGGCGUUUUGUGAUUGUAUACUGCUCUUGUUUUUCUGUGUUAUUUUAACUUCGGAAUCUGUUUUGUUUCAAAGACUGGAUGUUCUCCUUACAUUUUCAGUUUUGUUUGAAACUUGGUGCAAAUUUUGUGGUUCAGUUAUUACUGACUUUUUUGUUUUUGCUAUUGUUUUUUUUGAAGUUAUUUAUUAUACAAAUUACAUGUAUACUGUGAUUAUGUUUGUAUGAAGAUAAUUAAGACCAAUUAAGGCCAAAAACUGCUCUGAAAAAGAAGGGAUUUUUGCAUCAGGAAUAUUGAAAGAAUUUGUAAAGUGGAAUAUAAACAUAUUAUAAUAAAAAUCAAAUAAAUGAA